AUUCACUUGAUCACCUUGCACCUGCUCACCACCACUCUUGUGGGUGUUUUGCACAAAUCACUACCCUAACAGGUUAUUCGAACCUCCUUCCGGUUUCAAAUACAUACCAAACUGCGCAUCAUCAGUAUGCCCUGCCAGCUGGCACAGUUCGUCAGAGAAUUGAACGCUGAACAACUGUACCACGGCCACCACAACAGCUAUUCAGCCAGAGUAGUCGAGGAUGCUUUGGAUGCUUAUUGGAUGUCACCUUGUCUUAUGGUCACUAGCAGCGACACCUGGAUCACAUAACUCAGCUAGCCCUCUGGACUCGGGUAGCCUCGACACGACACCUUGGCAGCUUGAUGAGCUACCUCCUGCUAACGCAACUGGGCACUUUGUGUUUGAAACUGUAAAUUCGUUGCUCCAGCAUUGGCCAAACACGCGCUAUCGGAAUGGCCAUGCAAUUGUUCCGGGUGUCAUUCCAAAAGGCACCUUAUUGUAUCAUGGAGCUUUCAGCGACAAAAUUCCUACGGUUCCUGAGUGGACGGCCACAGAUCCGGAACACUCUGUCCUCUUCUGCCGAGGCUUGUCCGAUACAGGAUGUUGGCAUUUGACGCUUGCAGCAACACGUCCCCUCAAAGUCCUUUAUUUUGACGGGACCAGCGCAGCCAAUACCAAAGAUGGUACUCUCGACACUCAGGAUAUCAUUGCAUGGGGAGAGUUUAAACCCGACUGGUGGAUGAACGAGGUACAGCGCAUCGAAGAUUUGUGCAAAUGGGGUGCACCGUACGCUGUUGAUGGUUAUGUUCGAAUGGAAAUGGAUUUUGAAGUCAUGCUCUGUGAUUUUACGGCUGGCGUAGAAGUUGUCUCCUGGUCUAACCUUGCCAGCCUUGUCGUACCGGUUUCUACAAUCUCAAGAAUUCCAAAUAUAUUCAUGGAUCGCAUGUUUGAAGUGAUGCACGCCGGGUCAUGGCACAAUCGACACCCUGGGGAUACACGAAUUAACCUUGAUUUGGCUGGAAUCGUCUCACUGUACGACACCACGAUCGCACCAUCACUCGUUGGUUCACGCGCCGGCCAGGAGCGGUGCGACCACCGCGUACAAGGCAUAUCUUCCGUAGAUAUGGAGGUGGUGAGACGUAGCGUCUCUCGCGCCUUAGAGCGACAUCAGGGCGACUUUAGUGGCAUCGACUGGAAAACUCUUUUCAGAGUCAUCGUGGAACGUUACUCAGACCGCCUUGACUUGAUGGACUACCUUCUCAAUCACACCUCGGAAAAUGACACGCCUUGGGACCAAGCAAGCAAGGUGCACUUCCAGCUGCGCGUGAUGCUCACGCCAUACAUUUUCCACACUAGUGUUCCCCCCAGCGCAUCCUAUGACUCAGCUCAUUCCUGGGCGACACCAGUGUUCAAAGCAUGCGGGACUGUGCACACAUCGUCCAUCGCAUCAUAUAGUUCAAGCUUGAACCAUUCCGAACGCCUACUGUUGAAUGCAGUACAAGAAACUACACGCGAGAUAUGUCGCAUUAUCACAAAGAUGUGGGCUGCUGGCGUCGUUGCAGGUCUUGAUCCAUAUCUUCCCCGUGAUUCCCCUUCAGACGCCGCAGAAAUUGCCCGCCUGAUAGAUACGUGGAGGCAAGAAAUAAGUGAUUUGAUGGCUUGGCUUGAUUGGAGCGUGUGGGUUAGGUGUCAUCCAGCUUGCGGGCCUGAGGAAAUGUGCUACCUUCCCACUUGGCCCAUCAACGCGCCGUGGCCAGGGCGUCGUCCUCCACAUAGAGAAUACGAGGGCAGUGAUAUUAUCAACGCGUCCUUCUCAGACAGACUAUCUCUCAAGCACAGACUCCUUAUGCAGCUUGCGGGUCCUGGGGGUGAUGAAUGGAGGAAGCCCCAGCCCAAGUGCAUUAGGCGAAUUGCGCCAUAUGGUUUCUAGGUUUUCAUCUGAAGCUAGUACUUGACGCCAUCCCUCCGGUGAGGUUUGGAGACCUCUUUCUUACUGAAAUAUAGAUGGUUUGGAUAUCAUAUGCGACUUACUGCUAGUAACCACAUGUCUCUUCUUGCUAGUUUUACCCAGAUUUGGAUGGGAUCCAGCCUUGUGUGAAUGGUCAGGGAUUAUAGAAGACCAUGUGCACAUAUCAACACCUCUUGUGUUUGCUUUGUCGUGAUGAGUAGUAUGACCUACAGUCAAACCCUUGGCUUGGUCACAUUUUUACCAUUCUAGUGUCCUUCAUCUACCUCUGCAUCAGUGAAUUGAUGACCCAC